GGAAGAGUGAUGUAAACACCCCAUAAUUGAAGGAAGCAAAGGGAUCACUUGAUAGUGUGGCAAGGAAUCCGAAGCUCCAUGGGUCGCUUUUCCGCAGAAACUUCGUCCCCUCUCACCCUUUAAGGUCGGAAGAAGAAGAAGCGGUGUUACGGCGUGAAGCACAAGUGUUGGUUUCUUCAGUGAGAGUGAGAGUGAGAGUGUGAACUGAAAAUGGGUUUGCUUUCGCACAGAGUAGAGAGACAUGAGAUCAAGCCUGGCGAUCACAUCUACACAUACAGAGCUAUUUUCACCUACUCUCACCACGGCAUUUUUGUUGGGGGGAGCAAGGUUGUACAUUUCAGACCCGAGAGGAACUUCAAGUCAAUCACUGAGACAUCUUCGAACUUGGAUGAUUCAACAUCCACUCCAUGUGAAAUAUUUCCUGAUUGUGGAUUCAGGCAGCCAAAUAGUGGAGUAGUUCUUUCUUGCUUAGACUGCUUCCUUCGAAACGGAUCUCUUUACUGUUUCGAGUACGGGGUUUCACCAACAGCAUUUUUUACCAAAGUAAGGGGUGGCACGUGCACUACUGCAUCAUCUGAUCCACCUGAAACUGUUAUCCAUCGCGCAAUGUACCUUCUUCAAAAUGGCUUUGGCAAUUACAAUGUUUUCCAUAACAACUGUGAGGAUUUUGCUUUGUACUGCAAAACUGGUCUUUUGAUUUUAGACAAGGAAGGGGUUGGAAGCAAGGUAAUCAAACUCGAGAGUUUAGGAAGGGGUUGGAAGCAAGGUAAUCUGAUAGAAUAGGAUAUUAUUUAUUCUCUUUGUAAUUACGCCUGUAAUUAAGGUUUAAUAUUUAUUAUUAGUCAACUAGGUAAGUUGUAUAUAUAGGGUAUUUCAUUAUCAAUAAUAGUCACGGAAUUGAUUUCCUUCAUGGUAUCA